UCCCACAGUAUCUCUCAACAUGGCGGGUACAGUGGCAAACAAGUGUCUCACUCCUCUUGCUUUCAUAACCAGGAGGCUUUCUGCUCCGGAGUUCAUCACCCAGUGCUGCUACCACAAGAAGGUGGUGGACCACUAUGAGAACCCAAGAAAUGUGGGCACGCUGGACAAAAGCUCCAAGAAUGUUGGGACCGGCUUGGUUGGUGCUCCAGCCUGUGGAGAUGUGAUGAAGCUUCAGAUUGAGGUGGAUGACGAGGGGAAGAUUGUGGAUGCCAGGUUCAAAACCUUUGGAUGCGGCUCUGCCAUCGCCUCCAGUUCUCUGGCCACUGAGUGGGUGAAGGGUAAAUCUGUGGACGAAGCUCUGAUGAUAAAGAACACUGACAUUGCUAAAGAGCUCAGUCUUCCACCAGUUAAGCUUCACUGCUCCAUGCUUGCAGAGGAUGCCAUCAAGGCUGCUCUGGCUGACUAUCGCGGCAAGCAACAGGACGACCAGCAGGAGGCAGCCAGGGCUGCGGUUUAAGCAGAGCACUCGUGCUCUGUUGCUGGAUGUUUCUGUCUGCUUCCUGCCGUAAAGAAGUGAAGUAACAGUGGUUCACCAUCACCCCAUAACGUUCCUGCCGUAUUAAUGUGGCACACCUAAUAUGUUGAUGAGUCAGUCAUCAACCCUCUGCAGCAGUGUUACAUCAGGCUUCUGUAUUAGUCAGUGGUCUUCUACCCUCUAUACUGUAUCUUUAGCCUGUCACGUAAACGCACAAUGUAAGCACCUAAGUACCCUGUCUGCACCUUGAAGCACUGACGUUUUGAUAUGCAAUGAUGCAAAAGUGGCUUAAAUCAAUGAAAGAGUCCAUUGGUUUUGGUUUUGAGUGUAAGUUAUAAUAUUUUAGAAAUGCUUCCUUGAAAGUCUGCAAUAAAACUAUCUUGAAUCAUA